GUCUCAGUUUUGAUCCUUCUUACACACACUUUCCGAGAGAUCUAUUUCUAGAAAAUGUAACAGGAUAAAUUUGAGAGCAUAGAAAAGAGACAGAAUGAGUUGAAGUGAGGCAAAUGCUCUGGUCAGAGGCAGUCUGAGAAAAAGACGGCAAAGCUUUGGAAUCGACUAUACUGUUGAGGGCCCUGCGGUGAGGAGUGGGGUACAAUAAACUUUGUGGAGUUGAAAGCUGACUCCAGACUUUUUGAAACCACUUUCAAGAGUUCAACUCGCUACUGAGGGUAUCUAUCGUUCUUAGACAACCACCCCUAACUCAUCAAAAUGGUUCACCCAACUCAGUACGACUACCAGGAUGAUCUUCCUCCUGAACAAAUUGGAGUGUUGAGGAAAGCUUUCGAUGCCUUCGACCGUGAAAGGUCUGGAAGUAUCCCAACAGACAUGGUCGCCGACAUCCUCAGGCUCAUGGGACAGCCUUUCAACAAGAAGAUCCUCGACGAACUCAUUGAGGAAGUUGAUGCUGACAAGUCUGGCCGUCUAGAGUUUGACGAAUUCGUGACUCUGGCCGCCAAAUUCAUUGUUGAGGAAGACGAUGAGGCAAUGCAGAAGGAAUUGAAGGAAGCUUUCAGAUUAUACGACAAGGAAGGUAACGGCUACAUCCCCACAUCAUGUCUGAAGGAAAUCUUAAGGGAACUUGACGAUCAGCUGACAAACGAGGAACUCAACAUGAUGAUUGAUGAGAUCGACUCUGACGGAUCAGGAACUGUUGACUUUGACGAAUUCAUGGAAAUGAUGACCGGAGAAUAAAUAUGGAUACACUUUCACACCGAAUCUAUUUUGCAAGACCAUAUUUAUUUAUUUAUGAGCUAUUUAUUUACGAAUUUCAUCGCAGUGAUUUGCAUUUCUGAAGCAUUUUAUUCAAUCACUUCUACAUUCAUGUGUCGUAUCACUUGAUAAUUUGCGAGAGAAAAAAUCAGAACAAGUUCCUCUCAUCUUCCUUCCUUCCUCCUCCUGCCUACACUCAUCUUUUGUAUUAUUCAUUGAUCUUAAUGUAUUUAUGAAUCUAGAUUGUCGAGUUUUCUAACAUUAUUUGUUUGUUAUAAAGAUUUUAUUAAUUUAUUAUUAAAUGAAAGAACGGUGA